GAUUUUGUAUGAUCGUGUCAGGUGAAGUACUGUAAUCUCCUUUUGACCAGUUGAGAGUCCUAGAUGAGAGGAUUUCAUUCAGAAAAUGGAGGCAAACAAGCUCAAAAGAGAUGUUGAGGCCCUUAUAGACAACUACAUUGGACAGAAACUUAGGGAAGACGCCUUUGAUCCGAAGGGCAAGGGAACUUUCACAGCGCUGGAUGACUUGGCUCACUAUGAUCUUGCAAUCAGUGUUGCCCUUUGGUGGCUGGAGAAGAAGGAAGGACGACAUGUGCUCGACAGAGAGAUCAUUGGAGCAACAUGCAGUUUAGGAAGUGCCCAGUAUCCUAAUCGCUUAGAGCGGGAGGCUAUGAUCUUGUCAUCCUUUGCUGGGAUUAUUAUGAGUAGCCUGCCAGUGGAGGAAAUCUUGACUCUGUACAGGUGUAAACCAGCCACUUCAUACCCCAACCAGAAGUCCAAGGGCUCAAUUGUCUAUCCCAUCACUCUGUCCUAUCAUCUGUUUGCAAUACUUGGAUCCUACAAGGCCGUGUACCACUCCAAGAAACACAACAGGACAGCAGUGAUGUUCACCAGGAAAGGACUGAGCACUAUGAAGGCUCGCAAGAGUCUCUGCACAACUGACGUCAACCUCCAGCAACUGCCAGAUGUAGAGACAUUGAGCUAG